CUACUUGAACAAAUACUUAUCGCGGCCAAUCUUCUUUUUCUUCUUGGCGUCAAGGUCGUCGCCAUGGCUAACGUGCUCUACCUCUUCUUUAUCAUGCUUAUGUUGGUUGAGAAUCCUACUGCUUCUUCCACCUCCGGUGACGGGUUUCGACUCACUCUCACCCACGUGGACUCCGCCGCAGGCUCUUCAUUCACCUUGGCGGAGAGAAUCCAACGCGCCGUCCGCCGGAGCUACUCCCGGAAGAGGGCCAUCGAGGCCAAGCGCAACGUCGUGGUUCCUGUCAGCUACGGAGGUGAAUCGGAGUACCUAGUCAGCUUCGGCAUUGGUUCCCCGGCGCUCCCUGUCACGGCCAUCCUCGACACCGGCAGCGACCUCAUUUGGACGCAGUGCGUCCCCUGCUUCGAGAGCAUCCCGCAGCCAAGCCCCUUCUACAAUUCCUUCGACUCCUCCUCCUACUCCCGGAUCCCCUGCUCCAACCCCUUCUGCACUGAUGCCAGUUCGAUCCUCAGUUUUUGCGCUUCCUCCGAAGGCGACCUGUGCCUCUAUUGGACCAGCUACGGGGACGAAACUCGUACCAGAGGCUUACUCGCGACGGAGACGCUCCAUUUUGGCGAUGGCUCGUCGAUCCACGGCGUCAUAUUCGGGUGCGGGUUUUGGAACAACGGCACGCUGUCGAACUCCACCGGCAUCGUCGGCAUGGGCCGAGGCCGAUUCUCGUUGCCGGCGCAGUUGAAUCCUCCCAGAUUCUCCUACUGUUUCACCUCGAUCAAUCGCUCCGCCACCAGCCAUCUCUUCUUGGGUACCAAGGCCAGCCUGGGAGGAGGAAAGAGAGGAGGAGGCGGAGGCUCAAUUGGGAGCACGCCGUUUAUCCCCAACCCCCAAAAUCCCUCUUUUUACUACCUCUCCUUGAUCGGAAUCUCGUUGGGCGGGACUCGGCUUCCUAUUCCGCCGAGCGCCUUCCAGCUGAAUCCCGACGGCUCCAACGGGACGAUCAUCGACUCCGGCACCUUCAUGACAAUAUUGAACCAGCCUGGGUACGACGUACUUAGGAAAGAGUUGAUCAAGCAGGCGCGGUUGCCGUUGGCGGAGUCACCGGAGCAGGGCUUCGAUCUGUGCUUCUCAUUGAAGAAACGGAAGUCACCUCCCCGAAUGCCGGAGCUGGUGUUCCACUUCGACGGCGCCGACAUGCGUUUUCAGCGGGAUAAGUACAUGAUAUAUGGACCGGAGGAGGGAUUGAUUUGCUCGGCGAUCGCGGGAACGGACGGUCUAUCAAUCUUGGGCAACUACCAGCAGCAGGACAUGCACAUCCUCUACGAUCUCAAAGCCAACGUGCUCUCCUUCGUCCCGGCCAACUGCGACCGGUUCUGAAGUUAAAUGCCUCGAUAGCAUCUUCGUGCGUGCGCGCCGCCGUUUCUAUUGCAAUUUAAUAAUAAAAUUGUGCUGUGCUUUAGAGUAUCGCAUACGUAUAAUAUGGCAUACUGUUAUUCCUAUUGCAAUUCAAUAAAAUUGUACUGUCCCUAUGAAUGCACUAAAUCGGCGGUUGAAAAUGUUUAAUCAAA